AUGAGCCAACAACGUCAGUCUGACCCGCCUAACUUGUUUGGUUGGUUGGUCCGAUCUUGGUUUGCGCAUCGGCACCACAGCAACCAAUUCCUUGGUAGCACGGGAGGGGAGGACGAACUCUUCCAGUACACUUCUACGGAGCAAUACUGUAAUGUUGUUGGAUCCCUUGAGUCAAGUCUCGACCAGAGAGGCGGGAGCAAGCCAACAAUCCAGGGCAAGCUGGGGAAGCAGCACGGGAUCUUCCGGUCCAAUCAUGCUGCAGCCAGCUGGUUCAACUCCAGAUGGCCCUCCGCGUGUCUUUGGCUUCUCUGCUCCCAAUCCUCAAGCCACCAGAUCGCUUUUCUCGUUGCAGUAGCAAUCUUCUUUGUAAACAAAAGGAACCAACCUUUAGAAUAG